UCCUCUCUGCACGAAGCUCCUCCCUCGCCCCUGAUUUUUACUCGCGGCGUCCCCGUUUCUCUCUCUUUUCCCACAUCAUGGCGGACCGCUUCAAUAAGGUUCUGCUACUCGAUGGCAGAGGCCAUCUGCUUGGUCGCCUGGCUGCCAUUGUGGCCAAACAGGUUCUGCUUGGCCACAAAGUGGUUGUCGUGAGGUGUGAGGGCAUCAAUAUCUCUGGGAACUUCUACCGGAACAAAUUGAAGUACCUUGCCUUCUUGCGCAAAAGGAUGAACACCAACCCAUCCCGUGGGCCCUACCAUUUCAGAGCCCCCAGCAGGAUCUUCUGGAGGACAGUGAGAGGUAUGCUUCCACACAAAACAAAACGAGGCCAGGCUGCAUUGGAGAGACUGAAGGUCUUCGAUGGAAUCCCCCCUCCUUAUGACAAAAGGAAGCGUAUGGUGGUGCCAGCUGCUCUGAAGAUUGUGCGCCUGAAGCCAAGUCGCAAGUUUGCCCUGCUUGGCCGCCUGGCCCAUGAGGUUGGCUGGAAGUACCAGGCCAUCACAGCCACCCUUGAGGAGAAACGGAAGGAGAAGUCCAAGAUCCGCUACAACAAGAAGAAAACUGAGCUGAAGCUGAAGAAGCAGGCGGAGAAGAACGUCGAGAGCAAAAUCGCCAAAUACACUGAAGUCCUGAAACAAUAUGGAGUUCUUGUAUAAACUGGCCGUCUUCACUCGGAAAAUAAAUGUUUAUAUAAAGUA